CGCUUCAAGACCGCUCCUCAGGAUGUGAAGAAGGUGAAGAUUGACAAGCGCUUCGCCAGCAUGUUCCAAGACAAGAAGUUCCAAGAAAGCAGCGCCUCCAAAGUUGAUCGCACUGGAAAACCUAAGAAAAGCCUACUUGAGCAGGAAGCUGACGAGAAAGCUGGAGCAAUGUCUUCAUCAUCUAAGAAGAAGUCUGAGCACCAGAAACGCAUGGAGCGGUUCUACGCAUUGGAAGAGGACGAUGUUGAACAAAAGGAUGUUGCCGAAGAUGUACAACAAACUGCCGCCACACCAGAAGAUGACAAACUUUCUUCAUCUUCAAAAAAGAAAACCCCGAAAGGGAUGAAGGUCGAGCGUCUACUUCCAGCUGAAAGCGACGACGAGGAAGAUGAAAACGACAGUGAAGAUGGACAAACGACUGCUCUUGGAGGUGCUGAUGACGCCGACUCUGCAUCAGAAGCUGGCUCUGAUGACACAGAUUGGUCAGAUAGCGAAGAGUCGUACAAUCCAGACGAUGAAGUGUGGGCUACGGCUUUGGGGGAGGAUGAUGUGGUAUAGACUUGUCGUGGAUAGAAGGAAUCCAUUGGUAUAUGGAUCAUUUGUGGAUCAGUAGAAGGAAUCCAUUGUGCUAUGAAAUCACUCAUGAUGAUGAAAAACUAGAUGCGAAGGAACAUUUUUACCCACGUUUUCUAUUGUAGAACCAGAACGAGAAGCACAAGCACAUCAUCAACACAACACUCACAUCAAAUUUUCAAACCUCCUACAGGAACGCUGCGAAGAGGACACUGGUUGUCGUCUGGCUUUCCAAGCCCUUGAUUGGGACACCGUUACUGCCGAAGAUAUCUAUCUUGUUGCUGCUUCUUUCGUUGAAGAUAUCCGCACUAAGACAGGCAAGAGCGCAGCUGGCGACUCCGCCAUUGGAAGAAAGUUGUU